UUAUUUUGCAUAAAAUUAAAUUUUGAAUAACUGGUAACUUGUUUCAAGUGAAUAAUAAUCACUAUCCGUAUGAUUUAUGGGUGCUGUAAUUUAUACGAUACUACAGAAGAACUCAGUUCCUUAUCGUGUGGCACUAGUGGCCAGUCUGAGAGAAACGAGAAAGCAUCAUCUGCGAAGCCUGCCUGCCACCACGCACGUCGACGUCAGUUUGUCGCUAAUUUGGCCUUGAAUGGCCGACUUGAAUCAAGAAGAUAAUUCGCAGCCGCCGGGGCUGCUGAAUGAUGGCUUCACGGCUCGCACUGGAACGAUCACAGAACCACGUUUUGUUCGGUCCUUCUCGCAGCCCAGUGGGAAUAGCCUGGAUUACAUCCAUCGCAACACCGUGAAGAAAAUGCAGAAAUUCUACCGCCGCUCUUCCAUACCGAAAGACGAAGCGAGAAUACACUCCUUGUUGCCGACCAUUCGGGAUGCUGCUUCCAAGUUGUACGAACUGUGCACGUGCACUCCAAAAAUUCGCGGCCAGGUGCGUCCGGCCACGGAGAGUGAUGAAGAGUUUUUCACGUGCCUCGGCGAUCUCUUCCGCUGCUAUCGCUGGCUGGCAGCCAACGCGGACCACUACGAUUUCAAAUCAAAGGAAACCUACGUGAAAACUACGCUGAUGCGUCUGCGCCAGGGCGUCGAUGUAAUUGAGCGAAUUGUUCCCCUGAUUGAUCCUUCUCUCGCGGAUCCGUGGAUAAAAGUGACAGUUCGAGAUUCCAUGGCCUGUGGAGUCCAGGUGAUAGCCAACUGUGUCCGACAGGAUCCGGAGAUACAAAACGUGGUAUGGUCGGAAUUCUUCGAAGUAAUUGGAUCUCUCAUUAUCUUGGAGGAAGACAAACUCUUAAAUUAUAUUUCCGCGGCCAUUGUCAAUUGUGCCACGGAGCAACGCAUUGAGCAGAUCGUGGAUCGCGGCUAUGCGGCACGGAUAUUUGAACGCAUUUCUGUGUUUGGAGCACGGGAAGAUUCCAUGGUCGCAUUUGAAGCAGUAUUUGAUUUGGCUGGUUACCUUCUUCAGUGCCCGUUGGUGGCUCAACGGGAUUUCGAUUUAUUGCCAUUAAGCGCAAAGUGUGCAAUAUUGGAUUUACUCAGCAGCAUGUUUACGUUGAAUGGUCGCGGCACAAGUCCAUGUAUUCCACAAUUCUGGCCAGAGAAAAUUGCGCAUGAAUUUAUUACAAGUUCACGAUGUUUGAUGCGGUUGAAAGAUAUUAGCACGCAGGCGGAUGAGGAAUGUGAACUGGUGUUGAAAACUUUGGAUAUGCUCGGUAACGUCACAUCCAGUGAAGAAUCACGAAAAGCAUUUGUGGAUAGCGCUGCUCUACUUGAUUGCACUAUAGACGCUUUUAUCGAAGUGGACACUGCCGGAAAGGCGGCACCCAACCAAUUCUCUCCCGUUGAAAAGUUGGCCGAUGUCAAACCCCAGGAUCUCAUUACCCCGGCUCGUGGCUUAAAAAGCAGACUUCUUCGUCUCCUGGCCAAUCUGGUCUAUAAUAACCCUGAUCUAGAGAAGCGCGCUGCAGAGCGUAAUCUUCUCCAGCAUCUCAAGGAGAAUGCCCGCAUCGACUACCGUAACCCCUACAUACAGCAGUGGGCUAUCCUGGCAAUCCGUAAUCUCCAAUUCAGUGCAGCAUUUGAUGAACUGCGCAAAGAACACGAUCGUCAGGAUGCAUCGCCGGUUCCCGGUGUGGCGCAUUCACUGGAUGGUGAUGGCAUUGCCAUGAGUUAUGAGCGGAAACAUUCUGAGGGAUUGGGUAUACACCGUUAUCGCCCGAUUCACAGCGAGACCGUAGAGGCACUGGAUUUGCAUAUCAGCCACAGCGAGUCGGGACUGUAUGAUCAUCGCCAUCGUCGGCCGGUCCGGAAGGCCGGACAUCAUUUACGGGUGGGCAAAAAACACAGUAGUAGUAAGAAGCCAUUGAAAACAGACCAAGAAACGCAGACGAUGGAGUGGUACGGAAAUUCAACUUCGGUAUCUAGUGAUUGUUCGGUGGCGGAUCGGUUUGUCUCAGAUUCGCCCAGUACGGUUAUCGGUAUUCCCGAUGAAAAUGCCGGGUUCGAUCAGACCGACUUGGUGAGGAGUCUGUCCAAGACACAGAUUAAUGAAGAGAGGAUCAAUCGGUGGCAGACUGACCAGAUGGAGCAGGAAAGGAGGCCCCGCCAUCAGAGUCAUUGAGGGGGAUUAUUUAUAUAAUCAUGCGAAAAAACAUUGUUUUUAAAACUUUUUCUUUGAGAGACGGUUUUGAUGGUUUCCUGUUUGCUGAUCUGAUUUUGCUGGUUUUAUUGUGUUAUAGUGUGGUUUGUUGCUUCCUGGUUGUAUUUUUUGUUUCCUUUGCAGUGAUACAGUGUUAAUAACAUUCCGUUUUUUGAGAAAAAUGAAAGUAAAGGUUGGUAUAAGCGCAA